UUGAAUUUUUCUUAAAAUCAUUAAUAUGAGCGAUAAUCCGUGCCGCAUCUUUUCCAUUACGCUUGAACAAUAUUAAGCGAAAAUAUUGUGCAUAGUUAGUUCUAUCAAUACGUUUUAAUUAUUUUAUUUUCUAUUAUUUCUUGAUUGACAAGAAUAUUUAAUAGAUUUUUAAUACGAGAAAAGCAUAAAGAUGUGUUAGAGACGUUAUAUCUAAACGUUAAGUUACUACUAAACGUUAUGUAUUAUUAUAUAAUAUUAUUUUACAAAGCUUGGAAGUUUUUACAUACAAAUAUAAUUGCUGUAAGUUAAAAUUUAAUGGUUAUUAAUUCCGACGACCGAUAAUAUAAUCAAGAGAUUUAUGAAAUGCUUAUGUGUUUUCGAUUCAAAAUUAUAUAUUAACAUUAAAUUAUCUAUUUCAUACAUUUAUAAUAAUUAGGCAAUAAAAUCACGUGUAAUGAAAUCAUCAAUUUUUAUGACAUAAUUGUAUCAAUACAUGACUAAAAGGAUUUCGGAUCGCGCAAAUAAUAAUUAGUAUUUGAUACUUGGAUCCUGCAAGUAUUCAAAGUCUUGCAAUCCAACUGGAAACGCUUUUCGAAACGCUUGCAGUUCAUUCAAUUGUAACUUGAACAAAGUUCACCAAAUACAUAUAAUAAUAUAAAAUUUCUUUUUGCGUAUGUCAAAAUGAUUCCAGAGGGACAAAGGAGCGAAGAGUCGUAAAAAUAUCGACACCCCAGAUAAUGAGACUUUCUUCUUUCCUUUCAGCCAGUCAGCAACACGUUCCUGAUCAAAAUUCAUCGUUCGUACGCGGCUGCCAUCGGCUAUAAAACCCCGUUGUCUUCGUUCGUACUGGCAUUCGGUGUUUAGCCUGGCAAAUCGGUGGUACCAUCAUGAGGAUCUUAACCACUUUUGCGUCAGUAGCCCUCCUGGUCACCCUCUCCGGCGCGCAACAGACAGAAACUACUGUCAGCUUCCUGCAAAAAAUUUAUCACAAAUGCGCGGAUAGCGAAUCCAUGCUAUCCUGCGUGAAACCGAAGGUGCUGGCUUAUGUCACUGACGCUGUAAAGCAGGACAGAUUGGCAAUUACGGAGGACUUAGCGGUGGUUAAAUCCCGAGAUGCAUCGCAGGAUAGUACAGAGAAGGAUUACUACCCCUCGCAGUACGACGCCGCGGAUCCGUCCAAGAGGAAAUUCCUGCGAACGCUGAUGCUGGAGAAAUUGGACGCGUAUCUGUCGAGCCAUCAGCUUGAAGCUAAACUACCGGAAGCGAUUGUGGGAUCAAACAUCGUUCCUGGAUCUUUGCUGGAGAGUAUGCCCAAGAGUCUCACAAUCCCCCUCAGCGACUCUUCCAAUGGACAAGGACGUGGUUUCGUCAAGAAAGUGAUGAUACCGUUCCUGCUUGGUCUCAAGUUCAAAGCGACCGCCUUGGUGCCCCUCGCUCUGGCGUUGAUCGCUAUGAAGACAUGGAAGGCGCUGACUCUUGGUCUCCUAUCGUUGGUUCUUAGCGGAGCAAUGCUGAUCUUCAAGCUGACUAAGCCGAAAGUCGCUUACGAGGUUGUGCACUACGGACAUCCACCUGUGGAACAUCCGCCUCACUGGGACACCGCACCUCAUGGACCUUAUAGAGCCUAUAGAAAAUAGAAUGAUAUUGAACAAACGAGAGAUUGAUCGCCGCAUUAUACGCCUAGAUUGUUUAUUUAAUAUUUAUUUAAUAUUCAUUCAUCAGCGCCUCGCAUGCAUUAUUUAAUUGUGUAAUAAAAAUUUCUUCACUGUUCCAUCGAACGAAUCUUGUUGAUUACUUUCGCCUUUCAACCUUUCUUAAUUUAGUGCGUAUCAGCUGUAAGACUACAUUUCACUAGCAGCGGAAAGUGAUUUUUCGUAGAAAACAAAUACAUGAAAAUAGAGAGCGUGGGAACUGAGAAAGCGAAAUUUGCCGAUUAGUAGCUUGCAUUUUAAUAGAGCGAGUGAUUUAAACGACGAGAUAUGCAAACGAUCUAUUAGAACUAAGGAAUCGCGAGAGAAAUUGUAAGUGUGUGCUAGAUACGUAACAUAUAACUGACACUAUUUAAUUAAACCUACGAAUAUUAAAAUAGACCUGCGUGAAUUUCAUUUCGAUUUCGUCCUGUGAGCAGUCAAAUGGUUCACCGACCUUUUAGCAUUUUAAAAUGCCAUAUCCGAAGGAAAAAUAAGAUGUCCACGAUAAAUAACACAUCGUUUUGCAGUUUACCCGGCACUUGUCAUCGCAGAAAAAUUCCGCAGACAUUUCAUUCAUUCGAAAGAAAUAGAUUGAUCUAACAAGACGCGACAGACAUCGAUCGACAUUUCGUCGG